AUGUCCGCCGAUAAACUCCCCAAGGCUUUACAAGCUACCGAAGAGGAUGUCCAACUCCUCCUUGCUGCCCAAGCUCACCUCGGUACCAAGAACUGUGACAGAACCAUGGAACCUUAUGUCUGGAAAAGACGAGCUGAUGGUAUCAACGUCCUCAACGUAGGUAAAACUUGGGAGAAACUCGUGCUUGCCGCUCGAGUCCUCGCUACCAUUGACAACCCCAACGACAUCUGUGUGAUCUCCGCUCGACCUUACGGUCACCGAGCUGUGCUCAAAUACGCUUCUUUCACCGGUGCUCAAGCCAUCGCCGGUCGAUUCACCCCUGGUUCUUUCACCAAUUACAUCACCCGAUCUUUCAAAGAACCCCGAGUCAUCAUCGUCACUGACCCCAGAGUUGACCACCAAGCCAUCCGAGAGGCCGCUUACGUCAACAUCCCCGUCAUCGCUUUCUGUGACACCGACGCUUCUCUUAAAUUCGUUGACAUUGCUAUUCCCGGUAACAACAAAUCCCGACACUCUGUCGGUCUCCUCUGGUACCUCCUCUGUCGAGAAGUCCUUCGAUUGAAGGGACAAGUCGCCCGAGGUCCCACCGGUCCCUCAGGAUGGGAUGUCCUUCCCGAUUUAUUCUUCUACAGAGACCCUGAGGAGAUUGAACGAGAAGCAGCCGAAAAGGCAGCCGCCGCCGCCGCUGCUGAGGGUGGUGAUGCCGAUGCCGCCGCUACCUCUGCCGCCGCUGGUGUCUCCGCUGAAUGGGACGCUGGAAACGCCGCCGAUGCCGUCCUUGCCGCUCAACCCACCGACCAAGCUCUUGACUGGUCCGCUGAACCUACCUCAGGUGACUGGACCGCUGAGCCCGCUCAAGACGCCGCCGGUGGUUGGUAA